AUGCCACUUUUUCGAUUGACUGUCUGUGGACAAGAUUUUCCUUCCAUUGAUUGUUCACCGAGUGGUUUAUGGCAUAUCUCCGCCCUUGCUGGUCCAACCCCCUUAUGUUGCCUGCUCAUGGGGAAAGAAUUAUGCAGUGACCGCAAAGAGUAUCAAUUGUGCAUUACCGGUAACGGUGCGGCAGUGAAAAGAUCUCGCCACAAAGUAAUUGCUCCGGUAGUAAAACUUCAGCCUCUUGCUUUGCCUGGUCCCCCAGCCGCUACAAAUUCGUUGUCAUCCGUCAUACCUACCCCAUUCUGCUCUUCUCACCUGCCACAUAACACUAAAUAAAUGAAUUUAUAAAUGCGCAACCACAAUCGUAAUAAUAAUAGCAGCAAUAGGCAUCACAAUCGAGACUCUCCUUGAUCCCCUAUGUAAACCCAGAUACCAUUUUCGUUCGUAAGGGCAGGCACCGCUGCCCCGACCACCUCCUGCGACACUGACAAAUCCGCUCCCGCAUCCCCGUCAUGGUUUCGAGUUUGUAGCGAACCUUAUCAACGGAACACGAACCGGUCGAGCGACAUUUAAUCCAUUCUGCGAGAAAAUAAGGGGGAAAAAAAAAAGGUAGGGAACUUGACCGAUUUAGCCGAACGUGAUACGGUAUCCGUUCUCUCUAUUGUGCGAGUAGACACCGGGGAGUUGAGCUGAUGUGGGUGGUGAGGUGAGGUCUAUGAUACUCCACUAAACUAACUGGUGAUAUAAGUUAGUAUCCAGGAAAGUUACUGGUAUGAUAGGGUGAAAAAGAUCCUCGCUUCCAGGAAUUUCUUCCAACAAGUAGAGUAUGAUACCAGGUGUGCAGUUGUAGUUUGCAGUGCAGGCAAAGUGAUUUCUUUUAGAAAUAAAGAAUAGAAGAUUGUUUCCCUUGAGCGCUCUUGGUGCUAUUUGCAGUACGCGGGUCCGAGUGCUUGUGCUGUACGAGUACUGUAUUCCAUCGCAGAUCCCGUUCCUAAUCAUCCACCCACUUGCGCAAUCAAUCAGGGGCUGUGAUAGAGGGAGGGGGAAAGGUCAGUCUAAU